AUGGGUCUGGCACCGCUACGUUUGCACACAUCAGCCACAGCCAUCUCUUCUGCUCUGGACCACCCCGUUCAGAUUUGGGUCCCUCAAGGAGUGUGGCCCUCGCCGGUGGGAACGGGCCGGGGCGGGAAACUGUCCCAGCAGGAGAGUUUGCCCGUGUCCCCGCCGCACAGCCACUCUCUGGAGGAUGAGCUGCAGCGAAGGCAUCGCUGCUGGGAGGCCGCGGGACAGGACCCGGCCCGAGGGGACAGGACCCGGCCCGAGGCGCCGGGCCCGGCUGCGCCACAGGUGGGAAGGGCAGAUGUGAUGGUGAGCGGCGGCCUGGGGCAUGAAUUUAUCAAGUUUUUGUUUGAAAAGUUCAUUGCCAAACCAUGUGCCUUAGGCCUUAAAGUCCAAGCCAAUGGACCGCAGAAAGCUCAACCUAAUGCUAUACUGGAAAAAGUUUUCACAGCUAUUACAAAGCAGCCAGAUGAGAAGAGGCUGGAGGGCCUCUCCAAGCAGCUGGACUGGGAUGUACGCAGCAUUCAACGUUGGUUUCGACAACGACGCAACCAGGAAAAGCCUAGCACCCUUAGGAAAUUCUGUGAGAGCAUGUGGAGAUUUACAUUUUACCUUUAUAUAUUUACCUAUGGAGUACGGUUCCUGAAAAAGGCACCCUGGCUCUGGAAUACCAGACAGUGCUGGAAUGGGUAUCCAUAUCAGCCACUGAUGCCUGAUCUUCAUUAUUACUACAUAGUUGAAUUGUCAUUCUACUGGUCCUUAAUGUUUUCUCAAUUCAUUGACAUCAAAAGAAAGGAUUUUGGCAUCAUGUUUACACAUCACAUUGUAGCAGUCACCCUGAUAAGCUUCUCAUAUGUAACCAAUUUGACACGAGUGGGAACCUUGACCUUUUGUCUCCACGAUGUGGCUGAUGUUGUUCUAGAGGCUGCCAAAAUGGCAAACUAUUGCAAGUGUCAAAAACUGAGUGACCUUCUGUUCCUUACAUUUGCCAUUGUCUUCAUUGUCAGUAGGCUUGGCAUAUAUCCAUUAUGGAUAUUAAACACAACAUUGUUUGAACUGUAUGAAUCUCUGGGCAAUUUUCCUGCCAUGUGGGUCUUCAACAUACUGCUUGUGAUUCUUCAAAUUCUGCACUGUUUGUGGUCUUACCUAAUCAUAAAGACAGCCUACAAAGCUAUUGCAAAGGGCAAGGUAGCAAAGGAUGACCGCAGUGACAUUGAGUCAAGCUCAGAUGAGGAAGAAACAGCACCACGUUCAAAGGCCCCACACAGCACCAUCAGCACUAAUGGGACCGGCGGUGCCAAUGGGACAAACGGGUAUCUUACUGGUGGCACUUGCUCAGAGGAGCAUUAA